CUUCGGUUUAAGACGCAGAAGAAAGUAAACAGAAGUUACUCCGUUUUCCUGCGACUUUAGUUAGAGGGCGCCAUCUUGCUUACUCAUCUUUGACUAACGUGGUUUCCCUGAAGUUUCCAGACUCGAUACGCACUUCCAGCAGCAGGAAGGAUGUCUGUGACCAUGAGCAGAGCCGAUGGGGUCACCGUGUUCACGUUGACCUCUGACCCUGACAGUCGUUGGCCUCCUCUGUGUCAGAUCCUGAAGAGCCUGUGCUACAGCCCGGCGUGCUGCUCCCUGUCUCAGCCGCUGAGGAACGUCCUGGGGACGUCUCAGUCCGUGCUCGGGGCCAUUCACAUUAUGAUCGGGCUGCUUCAAAUUGGCCUCAGCACCAUCCUCUUCCUGACUUACUAUGGUCCUUGGAUGUAUGAUCUGCUCCAAGUCAUGUUUGGGAUUUCAUCUGUGUUCAUUGUCUUUGGCAUCAUUUGCAUUUUGUCUGAGAAGUAUCCAAGUCCAUGUCUGGUUAUCAUCAACGUGAUCGUCAACCUGGCUGGAGUUGCUUUGGCCAUUACUGCCAUAGUGCUCUACAGCUUCACGAUGGGAGACAUAUAUCCUUGGUUGGGCUGUGAGCGGAGUGACGACUACUACUGGUCAUAUAGACGCACAACGCCAAGUCCAGCUAUUGAUACUCAGUACAUCAAGGAAAGAUGCUUGGAGGCCAGAGCUCUGACUGCGAUGCUGAUGAGAGGCAUCACUGGUGUCCUUAUCGUCCUGUCAGCCGUGGAGCUCUGUGUCACCAUCAGCACCGCUGUGCUGGGCAUCAAAGCUCUGAAACGCUCCAGCAAGAAGGGGGACAAGACCCCAGAAGAUCCAGAGCUUUACAAGCCGCUGCUGGAGGAAGUCGCCACUGAGCCUGCAGCCUGAACAUCUUCCACUUCCUGUUAACCUUUGCUCCUCUGAUGAGGUUAAAAGCCACAUUAAUCAUUUACUAUAGUCACCUUAUUUUUUAUAUAUGUAGUUUUUUUUUUCCCAAAAAUUCUGCUUUUCUAUUGUUUUGUGCACUUUUGAAUUAAAUCUGGUCAUUUAAUGCUGCUUCUCUGUAUCGUUGCUGCUUUGGGUUUGGUCUGUUUUUGUAUUCUGAAGUUGGGAAUUGGUGAACAUUUGUGCAUGAGGUAUUUUUUCUAUGUAAUCCCAGUUUUCCAGCACUAAACCGUGUAGAAAUUUGAUAAAUAAAUCCAAAUGGCUAUGAAAACAAAAACUUGCUACACAUCUUGUCUCAUAUUUUGUUAGGUCAAGUUUGAAGUUACAUUAUAAGGGGAUUUUUUUUAGUGUUACAUGUCCUUAAAAAGCCCCCUUUAAGUAAAUGUUUGACAUUUCUACAGGUCGGGGGAAGUUUUUGAUGUCUACCUGAACAAAGAGUCUUUAGAUUCAGUUGAGUUGAUUCAAGGAAAUAAAGUCAAAACUUAAAGUUUCACUUGUUUCCUCAAUGUUCCUGGAAAUUAUGCAUUAACUUUUAAAAAUAAGUGAGAGCCGCAUGGUUGUUUGUAAUUGUUAAUAAUUAGCAUCGUGUAUUGUCUUUUGUUUCUACAUUUUAUUCCAACUUGCUUUUUAUUCUGUUUUAUUUUCCUGUAUUUUAAUCAUGUAAAGCACUUUGCAUUGUCUUUGUACUGAAAGCUGCUCUACAAAUAAAUUUGCCUUGUCAUAUCCGUAACCUUGAAAGCUCAAAGUUCUUGUUUUGAAUUUAGUCUUCAUGUGAUCGACCAUCAUAAUUCACAUUUUGCCAAAUAAAAUCUGCCACUAAAAGCAA